GGACGAUGAUCCAAACAUGGAAUAACGUCCGAGGCUCACACCCCAGCUCUCCAGCUCCCAAUUGCUCAUGGAUGCUAAAUUCCAUGUGACAUGAGUGAUAUGCAUGCGAUGGAGUUGGUGGGAAUGAUUGCUCAUAUUCUCGAUCUUCCCAUCUUUGGUUCGCCUGCAUCGCUUUUUACCUACUCCGUGGUCGAGCUGAACCGGAGCUUCAGCUGCAAGCUAUAGAACGAACGACACCUCGGAAGCUUUUCUAACGACCAAUAUACAGCCAUCACCAUGCUGUUCUCUAAACUCUUCAUAGCGGCUCUGGCGCCGGUCAGCUUCGUUGCUGCCGAAUCGGUGCCAGAGUUGGAUCUCGAUGCCAUUCUUGCAAAACAUAAUUUGGCAUUGGUUCCUCGAUCUGACCUCACAGAUGCUCUAACUGAGCUCAAUGGACUUCUCAGGAGAAAUCAAGUCCAACAACAAAAGGUUCCCAUAUACCCUCGAGCUGGCAACAGUACUGGCUCUAGCUCAAGCUCUAGUUCCUCGUCGAGUAGUGGACUUGACCUUGGAGACCUUACGGGACUGGGAGAUCUGGGUAAAGCCAUCGAAGGUUUGACUUCGCUCCUCGCAGGACUGGGUGAUAUUGGAAACCUUCUCAAGGCAAUCGAAUCACUCUUAACCGCGGAGUUCUUGCAAGCUUUACACGAUGCUAUGGUGUAUCUAUCUGCGACACUUCAGCCACCUAUCCCCAAUAUCGCCAGGAAUGUUCUCACUAAGGCUGAGCCGUUGGUCGACUUGAUCUCGACACUAGAUCUAAAGGGUAUCAUUGAAGAGAUCGAGGGUAUCGACAUCAAAGGCAUACUCAGCGCCUUGUCACCACUACUACAGCCCGAUGCCAUCAAGGGCGUUGUAACCCUGCUGACUAAUGCGGAAAGUCUUUUGACCAAGGACACCGUGGACUCGCUCAAGACACUUCUUUCUAGUGCGCAACCGCUCAUCGACAGCCUUGGGAAGAUUGAUCUCCAAGGUAUUCUUGAUGCUAUUGCUCCACUUUUGACAGCGGAUUCCGUCAAGGGCAUUGUUGGCCUCCUAGGAAAUGCCGAGAACCUGCUUACAUCGGAUUUCGUCGACGACACCAAGUCUUUGAUAUCCGGAGCGGGACCUCUUCUAGACAGCCUCAAGAAGAUUGACUUGGAAAGCUUAAUCAAUCAGAUCAGUCCAAUUCUCAACGAGCUCGGCCAACUUGAUCUUAAAGGCUUGUUCGAAGCCAUCAGCCCCUUGUUGACAUCCGACUCUAUCAAGGGCAUCAUAGGACUUCUAGGAAAUGCCGAGGACCUCUUGACGAAGGACUUCGUGGAUCAAACCAAGUCUCUUAUCUCAUCUGCGGGACCUCUACUCUCAAGCUUGGGCGAUAUUGACUUACAGGCACUAGUCAAGCAGAUCUCGCCUUUGCUCGACACACUCAGCAAGAUAGAUAUGCAGGGCAUUCUAUCAGCCGUUGAACCAUUACUGACGGCUGAUUCGGUGAAGGGUAUCGUUGGAUUGCUAGGCAAUGCCGAGAAUCUGUUGACAGGCGAAUUUGUCGACCAAACACAUACGCUGAUAUCUGGAGCCGUUCCUUUGAUAGCCGCCGUAGGCAAGCUUGACCUGGAAGGCCUUAUAAACCAGGUAGAGCCACUACUGGAUGCCUUAAGCAAGGUUGACAUAGCCGGACUCAUCGACAAAGUCGAGCCUAUCUUGGACGCUGUAGGCCAAAUCGACAUCGCCGGCUUAGUCAAACAAAUAACGCCAAUCCUCAAUGCCCUCGGACAGGUUGAUAUUAGUGGUCUCGUGAAGCAGAUAGAGCCUAUCCUAACUGCGCUCGGCCAAGUUGACAUCGCAGGCUUGAUUAAACAAAUCAGCCCGAUCCUCAAUGAGUUAGGACAGAUCGAUUUUGCAAGCCUUAUCAAGAAGGUUGAGCCUAUCCUAAAUGCCCUAGGAGAGAUUGAUCUCGAUGGUCUGAUCAAGCAAAUCACCCCUAUUCUGAGCUCCCUUGGCGAUAUCGACAUCAAGGGUAUCUUCGAUGCAAUCUCCCCACUUCUCACACCUACCUCCGUCCACGGUAUCCUCGGGCUUGUCGACAAUGCCGAAUCUCUGCUCACAAGCCAAUUUGUCAACGAGACCCACACCAUAAUUGAUGGGGCAGCACCCUUAGUUGGUGCUCUUGGACAGAUCGACAUCACCAGCCUCAUCAACCAGAUCAAGCCACUUCUCAGUACACUGAGCGGAAUUGACUUUACUGGUCUCAUCAGCGCCAUCAAGCCUCUGCUCAAUUCACUGGAUAAGAUCGACAUCCAGGGUAUCCUCGACCAGGUCACGCCUUUGAUUACACCGACAUCAGUGAAGGGAAUAUUGAAUCUGCUGGGUAACGCGGAGAGUCUGCUGUCAGCUGCCUUCGUAUCUCAAACGACCGAGUUAAUAGGUGACGCCACACCGCUCGUAGCAACUGCCUCGGACUUCAUAAAUGCCAUCCUCCAGGCGUUGAUGGGGAAUGGAACAUCAUGAUGGAGCCAUCUUGGUAAUGACGGGAAGAGAUACGGGCAACCAGUGAUGAAUAUACGAUGCAGUCUAGUAAUGAAUAAUAAUGAAUGUUAAUGAAUUUUACCAAUUGCCGUCAUGGAUGACACAGAUGAGUUGCGUAUUGGCUUAGUAAUUAGAUCGCGGGUUCAGGGGUUCAGGGGUAAGAUACCCCGCGUAUGCGAACUGUACCUGCCAGCACUUAGUAAAUUAGGUAGUCACAACGUCGAACGUCG